AAAAAGUCGAUACGAGAGACAAACAACAUAUGAAUUUCGUAUUGAUUUAAUUGAAUGCGAAAACUAAUCACACGUUUAAUUGUGCGAAACAAAUGACCGCAAGUUUGUGUGCCAUUGAAUUGCCCGCAAACACGGCAUUAGUUGUUGUGUUACUGUUAAUACUGUAUUAACUGUUAUUGUGUUGUGAUUAUAGUUAGCGCGACAGCCAUUACACACUCACACUGGCUAUGAGUGGUGUUGUGGUCAGCGAUCGUGAUAAUGAUCUGGCUGUCGAUGACUUAAGACAGGAGAUCCAGAAACUCAGACAAGAGUUGGGGUUCGAGCGACAGCUGAUCCACAUCUUGGAGAACAUCCGCAGCACAUCCAAGGUGUUGAUCAACGCGUGUCGGUGCAACCAAACGGGACACUUCGCGCGACUCCAGAAUUACCACAAGUUUAACACCGUUUACGAUGGGCUCAAGUCAUCGCCCGAUGGAUCAGCUCUAAGACUACAUCAGAGUCUCAACAGUGGUGUGUUGGACCCCCUGCUCAACCAGUCCAAUGCCAUUGAUACAGACAUCAGCGCCACUAAUGAUAAUAAUGAUAAUACUAAUCAUACCGAUGAUGAUAAUCACCACAACUUGAAUAGCGAGGACAGGGAGAACGAGGAGAAUGUGGAUGAGGAGGUGUCUGAGUCGCCCAACAGCCCCCCGCAGAGCACGUGCACCCCAUACACGUGUUACGCGUGCGACCAGGACUUCGACACGCAGUCCGAGCUGGACGUCCACACGGAAAGCGUUCACCUCAAUGGCGACGAGUCUUUCGUGGACGACACGACAUACCAGUGCGAUAAGUGCUACCAAUUGUUCGACACGGAGGACCAACUGGUGAGACACUGGCGCCUAAAGCACCGCCAGAAGCGGCUCUUCGACUGCGAUCAGUGCCCGUACAAGACGUUGGCCGAGAAGUAUCUGCUCCGACAUAAACAGAAUAAUCACACCACCGGUAGUCCCCGGAGGGUACGUCCCAUGCGAAGGGCUGUUACUCUACGAAAGGGUAGUCCACUGAGAAGCCCUCUGCGAAAGGGUAGUCCACUGAGAAUCCCUCUGCGAAAGGGUAGUCCACUGAGAAGUCCUCGCAUUAGUCCCAGAGUUAUCUCAAAUGCGGCACUUCUUGAAAAUAAUUUACUGCAAUCGACGCCUAAGAAAGCGAAGAAAAGUAUCAACGAUUUGAGUCCAUCGAAGCGCAGUUUCAGUGACGAGUCGUCGACGAAUGGGUCGCCGAAGCGGAGGUCCCAGCGGUCGACCGCCCGCCUCACCAUCGAAAAGAACUUCCGUUUGAUUACGGAAUUAAUGCAAUUCACGGACAAUACUAACGCCAACACCACUCCUAAUCCCAACAGUAAAGCCGUGAAAACCCUCAAGAGUUUCUCGGCGCCAAUGACAGUGCACUUACCGCCGAUGACGCCCAGUGCUAAGCGCAUCGCUAGUAACACAUCGCUGGGCAUAGGCAUGAGCGACGGCAAGAGGGACUACCGGUGCACACACUGUCGCUGCCUAUUCCCCACGGAGCUCAAGCUCCUGAACCACUUGUCGUACAAACACGGGAUGCUGUCGUUCGUGUGCCACAUGUGCGGCUACAAGACGUCGAAGAAGUUCUAUUUGGAACGGCAUAUGAGUAUCCAUACGGACGCCAAGCCCUUCCAGUGCGACGAGUGCGACAAGUUCUUCAAGACUCGCGGUAUACUACUGACGCACAAACGGCAGACCCACUCACCCCUCAAGCGCUUCUCGUGCGACCUCUGCGACUACAAGACCUCCAAUAAGAACAGUCUGACGACACACCGGAGCCGCCACUCGACGCAAAAGCCGUUCCGAUGUGACGUCGAUGACUGCGGUAAGUACUUCAAGACAUCCAUCUGCUUGUAUCAGCACAAGAAUGUGGUCCACUCGAGCGAUCGGUUUGAAUGCAUUUACCCGGAGUGUAGUCGUGUGUAUCACUGCAAGAAAGCGCUGCAACAACACAUCGCCAUCCACGAGGUGGUGGUGCCCUACAAGUGCGGCAUUAAUGGUUGUGUCAAGAAUUUCAAAGAGAAACGAUCGCUGAAACGGCAUCAGCAGAGUAUCCAUAAGCACGAGAUAUAGGAGUGCUUCACACAAGUGGUGAUCAUUUGAAUGAUUAGUUGUUUUGAGAC